AUGGCCACUGCUAAUGGAAACGGCACACGAGAUGCUGGAAUUACGGACUCGGAGCAUUUCUCACCGUAUAGAGCAGAUGGAAAAUUGCCCUACGCCGAACUCGCCGACUCAAUAAACGCGCAAUACCCAAAUACAAAAGUCAUCGGCUACCCUUACAAAAUCAACUCGGAAGAAGACACUCUGGCUCUGAUUGAUGACGUGCUAAACUCCUGGGGCCGACUCGAUGUUUGGACGUCUUCUACCGGUUUGCUAGGACCCCCGUCCAUCAACCAGACGGGGCCGAAAGACUUGUACGCAGCAUUUGAUACAAAUGCCAUGCCUGCUUUCUUCGCGCUCAAGUAUGCGCCCGCUGCAAUGCAAAAGACAACGCCCAAGGGGAGUUAUCCUAAUGCUGCUCCAAAGGACGUUCCCUAUGGGAGUAUUAUCGUCGUCACCAGCGUUGCGGGCACGUAUGGUGGGUGUUGGGCCCCUGCUUUUACAAUGGCUUCGCAUGCUGCACUUGGUGUUGUACGCUCUGGUGUGCUCGUGCUCAAGGGAACCGGUGUGCGGAUCAACGCUAUUACGGCUGGGCAGAUUGAUGUCGGCGUCGAUCUGAAGGACUGUGGCGUCAAAGAGAUGGCACAGGGCCAGUUUCCUCCCGCUGCACUGCAAGGAGAGGAGAGCCAGAAGAGAACGAUUGGUUUGGAGAGAGCAGGGAGGCCAGAGGAGGUAGGCAGGACGGUGGGAUUCUUGGCGAGUGGGUUCAGUAGUUAUAUCACUGGGGCGGAGUUGAAGGUCGAUGGCGGAGCGGGGGUGAUGAACCCCAUUACUGUUCCCGUUUAG